AUGAGUGAUGAUGUCACCCAAAUAUUGAACUCCCUUUCGAUCUCAAACCAUGAUGCUGACGAUUACAUGGAUAUAGAUGACAUGUUUGAUUCCGUUGGUGUCAAUACUGGACCAGAUCACCAUCAUCUGACGGCGGAGCCCGAAGUGGAAGAGCCGCCCACACCAAGUCAACGCAAGCUCCUGUUGCUGACAAUAACCCUGACAAUCAAGCUGGCUCUCUCGCCCACUGAGCUUGGUGCCCGCAUUGCCAUGAAAAAGCCGCUUUUGUUGAUGCCCCCGCCAUCAGCUCCAUCUCGAAGAUCCCUGGUGACUGAGGUGGACACCAGCCAGGGGGUGGUCAGUCGCCGUCCAGGAUAUCACAAUGAAGACAGUGACGUGGAAAUGGAAAUGUUAUCCGCUCCAGCUGCAGCCAACCCGUCUUGGGGCACGUCUCUGGGAGUGUUCAACCCAAUUUCUUUGAAUAACAGGAAUUUCGCCCCGAUGCCAAUGGUCCCCACUGGUGACUCCAAACACUACUUUGAGAUCCACCACCAUGUACACUACCUGGGCCAACAACAACAACAUCAGCAACAUCAUCAACAUCAACAACUUCAACAUCAACAUCAACAGCUCCAACAUCAGCACCAGCAACUCCAACAGCAACAACACCAAGUCGUCCCCCAUAAUGGAAUUUCUGCUACCACGCAUGAGCGCAUCACCCAGCCGAAUCUUCUCCCAGUGCCGUGGUCACAGACUGCCGCACCUAUCGAUCCUACCUUCUACAAACUCUCCCUGUACGUACAGUUGGCAUUCAACGUGAUGAUGGCGUUGGGGAUCCUGGUAGUGGUGGGUGAGCUUAUCCGCAGAUUCCACAACGACGUCACUGCUCGGGUCGAGGCCCUUAUUUCUGAGGCUACCGUUACUGUGGACCUAUGCAAUCAGCAGUAUAUUCGUGAUUGUGUCGAGAGUAAAAUUGUUCCUGCUACCCAAAAGUAUUGCGCUGAGUUGAAUCGCUGUCGACAACGAGACCCUAAGGCGGCAGCUCAAUACACCUCGCAAUUGGCCAUGGUAUUUGGUGAGCUAUUGGCUCUGUUUGUUCGUCCGUUUGGUUUCAAGGUGUAUGUGAUGGUGUUUUUGGUCUGCUUGGCGUUUGUUGGCAACUUUGGCUUCGGGUAUUUACGAGCCAAAACUUACUAUGGCGACGUCGACGAGCGGGUAGGUGAACAUACUUAA